UUAAAUUCGUCCAAACAGGAACACAUUCUUCUGUGCAAGAGGUUAACAUGGAGAAACACUGGUCUACAGUUUGUGUAUUGAUUUUUGUAUUUGGUGCACUGGGGCACUUUAACACAGUUCUGGCUGCAGAAGCUGAUGGCAACCUAACAGCAAAGCCAGGAGUGUGUCCUCGCCGGCUCUGGGGUGUGGGACUGUGUGCCGAGUUCUGCUCUAGUGACAGAGACUGUCCCGACGAUGAGAAGUGCUGCCACAAUGGAUGCGGACAUCAGUGCAUGGCGCCGUACACAGUGAAGAAAGGUCGCUGCCCUCUGCCCCCGGCCACCCCCAUGUGUGCAGAGUACUGCUAUCACGAUGGUCAGUGUCCAGAAGAGCAAAAAUGCUGCAGGACAACCUGCGGCCACGCCUGCAGCGAGCCGUGCUGAUGGGACGAGCAGAUGAGCCACAGCCUAGUCUGCACUUGUUGGGAUUCUUUGAUAUGAAUGUUGCAUAAAUUGCUCAUUUAUCACAUUGUUUUCACUUCAUCAACUCCAUAGCAGCACAGGAUUUAAGCACAGGUUUGCACAACCCUUGAAUCUUUGGGGGAGACAGUUUCUUUAAUAUAAUUGAUUUUUUUUCAUCUUAGCCAAUCUUCCAAAACUUUCUUAUCAGGAAAAGGCAGUCUAUGUCUAUGUAUGUAUCUUAACUUUAAAAUGUCAGCCUUACGUUGAUGUUAACAUUGUGUGAAGGAACGAUAUUUCUGUACGAGUUGUAUCUCUGUAGAGCAUUUUGUGUUUCAGCCAAUAAAUAUAUCCCACAUCCAGUA